AUGCCUGUUUUUCUACUUCAAGUAAAACAACGUCCCCAGACCCACAGGCGGCUUAUCUACGCCUCAAUUCAACGUCUCCCGGUCUGGCGGCAAUCGCUGUGUCUUUCUAGAAUCCAUUACGUCUCAUUCUUGGAAACCCUAAAAUGUGGGUCUCAAAGCCUAUUAUAUAUUGUCUUUAGCAAGGCCAUAUAUCUUCAAUCGUAUCCCUUCUCUUCUACUGAUAAUCGUGAAGCUUUUUUUCUACUUCAAGUAAAACAACGUCCCCGGACCCACAGGCGGCUUAUCUACGCCUCAAUUCAACGUCUCCCGGUCCGGCGGCACUCGCUGUGUCUUUCUAGAAUCCAUUACAUCUCAUUCUUGGAAACCCUAAAAUGUGGGUCUCAAAGCCUAUUAUAUAUGGUCUUUAGCAAGGCCAUAUAUCUUCAAUCGUAUCCCUUCUCUUCUACUGAUAAUCGUGAAGCUUUUUUUCUACUUCAAGUAAAACAACGUUCCCGGACCCACAGGCGGCUUAUCUACGCCUCAAUUCAACGUCUCCCGGUCCGGCGGCAAUCGCUGUGUCUUUCUAGAAUCCAUUACGUGUCACUCUUGAAAACCCCAAAAUGUGGGUCUCAAAGCCUAUUAUAUAUGGUCUUUAGCAAGGACAUAUAUCUUCAAUAUUAUCCCUUCUCUUCUACUGAUAAUCGUGAAGCUUUAGCUCACUUCUCAUUCAAGAUUCUUUCUGGUAAUCAAUCUCAAGGACUCUCUAGUCAAGCAGCUUUGAUGGAGUUGAAUGCAUCAGUUGGAGGUUACCACGGGGUACAUCUAAUGGCGAAGGCUGCUACUGCUAGAAUUUCGAGGGUAACAAUUGGAGCCAGAUCAAAGCAGUCUGCCCUUAAAACGGCUACUGCUAUUAGAUCAAUUCACUGUCAUUAUGCCACCAAUUUUUCUUCUUCUUCUUCAUUGUAUGAUGUUCUCUGUAUCUCUCCUAGUGUGAGUGUGCGUGACAUAAAGAGCGCAUAUCGUCGGAUGGCUCUUAAAUACCAUCCUGACGUCUGCCCAGCUGCAGAGAAAGAAGAGUGUAGCAGAUUAUUUCUUCAAGUCCAGGAGGCUCAUGAGACUUUGUCGGAUCCUCUGCUCCGUCAGGAUUACGAUUGGACACUGCAAAACGGGAUGGAAAUCAACCAGCGAGGAGAAAGAAUAGAGACCUGCGAUUAUGUGUGGGAAGGUCAGAUAAUGGAGUUGAUAAAAAGGAGAUCUGGUUAUAAUUCAUCGUCGUGGGGCAGCAGAAUGAGAAGGCGAAAUGAACAAGCACCUGCCUGUUCAUGAUUGAUUUCUUCAGUUCGGCAUUGUGCUGUUGACGGUUAUGUAAAUUGUAUACAAAACGCGGAAAUGAAUGAAAAUUCAAACUCCACGAUAAGCCCAUUUUCUUGCUCAA